UGUGCUGGGGAGAGCUGGGCUGGUGGAGCGUGAGACAUCCCUGCCUGGGCCAUGGACACCUGCCCAGCAUCCUGGUGUGGGUGCAGAGGUUCUAACUGAGCAGCCCUUAUGACCAACAUGAGCUGGAGCUUCCUCACCCGCCUGCUAGAAGAGAUUCACAACCAUUCCACCUUCGUGGGGAAGGUCUGGCUCACCGUGCUCAUCGUCUUCCGCAUCGUCCUGACGGCGGUGGGGGGCGAGUCCAUCUACUCCGAUGAGCAGAGCAAGUUCACCUGCAACACCAAGCAGCCGGGCUGCGACAACGUCUGCUACGACGCCUUCGCGCCGCUCUCCCACGUCCGCUUCUGGGUCUUCCAGAUCAUCAUGAUCUCCACGCCCUCCGUCAUGUACCUGGGCUACGCCAUCCACAGGAUCGCCCGCUCGGCCGAGGAGGAGGAGAAGCUCAAGGGCUUCAAGAAGAAGAAGCAGUUUGCCCUCAACUGGCAGGCCGUGCGCAACAUGGAGGACGCCAUGGAGGCCGACGAGGAGGAGCCCAUGAUCUCUGACGACGCGGCCGAGCACGACAAGGCCACCAAGGCCAAGCCCAAGUGCAAGGAGCAGCAGAAGCACGAUGGGAGGAGGCGCAUCCAGCAGGAGGGGCUGAUGAAGAUCUACGUCUUCCAGCUCCUCACGCGGGCUUCCUUCGAGGUGUGCUUCUUGAUAGGGCAGUAUCUGCUCUACGGCUUCGAGGUGGAAGCUUAUUAUGUCUGCAACAGGGUCCCGUGUCCCCACACCGUGGACUGCUUCGUGUCCCGGCCCACAGAGAAGACCAUCUUCCUGCUGGUGAUGUACGUGGUGAGCUGCCUGUGCCUGCUGCUGAACAUGUGCGAGAUGUUCCACCUGGGCUUCGGCACCAUCCGCGACGCCAUCCGCAACCGCAAAAUCAACAGCUUCCGCCAGCCGCCCUACAACUACGCCUACCCCAAGAACAUCUCCUGCCCUCCCGAGUACAACCUGGUCGUCAAAUCCGAGAAAGCCACCAAGAUCCCCAACAGCCUGAUGGCCCACGAGCAGAACUUGGCCAACGUGGCCCAGGAGCAGCAGUGCACCAGCCCCGACGAGAACCUGCCCGCCGACCUGUCCACGCUGCACAAGCACCUGAGGGUGGCCCAGGAGCAGCUGGACAUCGCCUUCCAGAGCUACAGCAGCACCCAGGCCAACACCCAGCCCUCUCGGACCAGCAGCCCUGCCUCGGGGGGCACCGUGGUGGAGCAGAACAGGGCCAACACCGCCCAGGAGAAACAAGGUGCUAAGCCCAAGGCCUCACUGGAGAAAGGCAGCUCCAGCAGUAAAGAUGGGAAGACAUCCGUGUGGAUAUAACUGUGUCAGGAA